AAAUGAGGUCCUCUCCCACCACUCAGUCCCUAUGCUACCAACUGAGCCACCACACUUGGGACAGGAGAGUCAUGAAGUUCAUGUUUGUAAAUGUCGCAAACGUGGAUGGCCUUUCUCAAAUCCACACCCGAGUGCCAAACAUAGGCGCCCUCACAAGAAGAUAUGUGGAACCAUUGAAGUUGUAGAACCAAAGUCAAUGGUGGGUGAACUAGAAUCGGCUGAAGAAGAUAAUGGGAGGAAGGACCGUUUUCCUAACGUGGAAGAGCGCAUUGGAUCUAUUCACAAGGAAACCAAGACCAGUGUUGGAAGCAGUCAAGAGGAGAAUACAACAAAGUCUACACAAGAUGUCAAAAGCAAAGAAAAUAAAGGAACGUCAACUAAACAUGACGCCAUAUUAUAUGAACUUGUUGAGUCACAGCCAGACAAAAAAAAGUCCAAAGACAAGUCAAUUGGAGGAGACUUGGAGGAGGUUUUGAGGGAAAUACCUCGAGAGAAGAAGAUUUUCUUAGGAGGAGAUCUAAAUGGUCAUGUUGGUAAAAGCAAUGGAGGUUUUGAUAGAAUUCAUGGAGUCACAAAACCAAAAUCAGUUAUUGUUAAACUAGAAUCGGCUGCUGAAGAAGAUAAUAGGAUGAAGGAUCAUUUUUCUGAUGUGGAAGAGGGUAUCAGAUAUUCGCACAACCAAACCAAGACUUCUACUGGAAGAGGUCGCAAGGUGAAUACCACGAAGUCUACAAAAGCUGUCAAAAUAAAAGAAGGAAUGCAUCUACCUGUGGUGACAAUUGACAAAGAAAGUGAAAAUGCUUCUACUGACAAAUCAAGUGAAAAUAACUCUGAUUGGCCAAAUAAUAUUGAAGAGGCCAAGCAAUCAGAAGAAAAUCAAAAUCUACAAGGAGUUGACUCCCAUGAUCUGAUAAUUGUUGAGGAAAAAGAGAAUGUACCAAUGGAUGUUGACAAACAUGAAGGUCAAGAAGGAUUAGAUAAGGCCCUCUUUGCUGAGCUAGACAGCAUCCUGUUGGAAAUUAGUGGAAAGUCCUCGGCAGUAGCAACCCCUUCUACAAGCGAUGUUGCUUUGCAUAAUAUUGAUUGCCUAUUGAAAAAUUCGCUUGAGUCCAUUCAAGAUGACGUGGAAUUACAGCGACAAUUACGUAUGUCUUUGGAAUGCAUAGAGCAGGCAUCAGGCGAAAAAGUUUCUCCAAAUGUUACUAAGCUUGUUGAAAGCAUGCCAUCCUCUAUUAAGGAUCUGUUCAAGGACUUUACCUUGACUCAAAAAGUAGUCGUGGAUCACACUAUUCGUUUGCAACAGAAAGAUGAACUUGAGCAGCAUUUGAGAGAUGUCAAGAAACGGCACGAAUUAGUGUACAAAGAAAUGAGUCAAUGUGAGUUUGAAACAGAAAGACUCGACAGACAGGCUAAAAUGCUGAAUGAAAAUAUUAGAAUUCUUGUUGAACAAGAGAAGACUGUCGAGUUGAAAAAAGCCAAGUGGAUGGAGACCCUGGAAAGAUGUGACUUUGAAAGGAAGAAACUGCUCAAUGAGGCCAAGAAUCGGAUAUCAGAAAGGAAAGAACUAAUGUCUGCGAUUGAGAAAUCUAAAUCCUCAUACGAUGCUGCCCUGUCUGAGAGGGAGAAGUUGAAUGACAAAUGGGAAGGUUUCAAAACAGCUUUUGCGGAGAACUAUAAACCACCCGUAUCUCGCAACACUUGAUGGCAUGAAGCCGGACUUUUGAUUUUAACCUUUUUAUUUUUACUACUUUUUUUGGAACACUUGUAUCAUACAAGGCUUCUGAAGUUAAUCUUCACUACGGGUAAUGAGUUUCCCUUGCCAUUAGUAUUUUGGAACACUUAACGUAUCAAGAUAACUCAAUAUCUGGUGGUGUUUGGUUGGAGCUUUUUGUGAGGAU